AUGGAAAGGGCAGCCGAGAAAGGAAAAGCCAUUGUUGCAGCUGUUGAGGGCCAGAGUACAUUCAUUGAGACACUUCGGGAGCGUAUGUUCAGGCCGUUACUGUCAACGAUUAUUACAGACAAUCCGACGCUUGUAACGGUUUCACCUGAUGACACAGUUUUAGCCACUGCAAAAAAGAUGCUCGAAUCUCAAUUUAACUCUGCAGUUGUGACAGUCGACAAAAAACCACGAGGGAUUAUUGUAAAGUCAAGGACGUUCGAAGGAUAUAUUGAUGCGGGUAAUAGUGCAAAAUCUGCCUCAGGAGACUACUACCGUACAGACAGUAAAUUUUGCCUUGAUCCAUUUUAUGUUCCCAUGUCAGCAGUAUUUUAUUCUCAUGACUUGGUCAAUGUGCAACAGUUGACACCAAUUGUUGAUGCUUUGCAUACCAUGCAUGAUGGGAAAUUUUUACACCUUCCUAUGAUGGAGAGUGCUGCCGCGGUUGCCACAAUAAGUCAAGUCAGUAUUGUUCCAAGACUGGUCGGUAUUGCCUCUGGAAUCAAUAAUGAGACUUCCACGACGAUGAUGCAAAGGUUUUGGGAUUCUGCAUUGGCCUUACCACCCAAUGAAGUCGAUGAUGACGCUCAAAGAUACGCGAAGUAUGACAGAUCUAAAACUGCAAUCCUUCAUAGACUGGAGGAUGACAUAGACAGGAACAGGGUGCCUCAAAUUCUGUAUGAAGAUGAAGACCAUGACAAAGUUGUCCUGACAUCGGACAGUGAUCUCGCAGCCGCUGUUGAGCAUGCAAAAUUAGUCGGUUGGAAGGAUCUUCUAAUUACACGAUCAGUCGGAAUUCCUAACAACCAGAUAUUAUGUCCACUAUAUCGCCUCGAAGGGGAGGUCGAGCUGGGGUUUAAGGUUGCAUUUAGAUUAUUCCGGAAAACAAAACCAUCGAAGGGGUUCGGGUUCAGGAACUUGGAUUAUGCUCAAUCUGAGGCGUGGACUGCCGCGUACAGUGCGGUGGCAGCCGGGGCUGCUGUUGUUGCUGGGCUGGGGACAUUGGACUCAAAACUGCGGUCUUCUCCCACGGUUUUACCUCUGAAAAUUUUGACACUUGUUGAAGGGUGA